UCACAGUCAAACAAAAUGAGUUAGAUGAAGAAUUGUGAAAAUCCAAAAACUGGAAAAUCCAAGUCCAGGGAAAAUUGUUGGGGGAAUCAAUGAGAAUUGUUUCAUGGUAGAAGGCACACAAAAAUGAAAUCCAGAGGAGCAACCCAAGCCCUGGUGAGAGACCAGUAGGGACGUGGGAGUUGCCAGGAGUAGAGAGUGAACGUGGCAAAGUGGGUGAAAGAUUCAGGGCUCAGACUGCUGCACCCGAGAGAGAAAGCGAGAGGAGAGGACCAGACAGCGGGGCGGGGAAAGAGACAUUCUGUCGGAGUCACCUGUGCUGGGCUCGGGGAGCGGCCGACAGAGCUCAGGAGCCAGUGGCAAUAGACUGGGGCUGCCGCGGAGGGGAGCGGGAGCUGGGCGCAAGGGUUGGAGCUUCGGCCAAGCCUUCCAGCCAGAUUAGAAGGGGCGACUGGGAGGGACCUUUCCGAGGUCGCAGCGCGCAGCGCUUCCCGGCCGGGGAGGAGCGUAUCUCCCACAGCCCAGCGGCGGUCCCAGCCUGUGGCCGAGCGCGCGCCUGUCCCUGCGCCCUGCGAGCCGGGUCCUCGCCCCGCGGAUCGCCGGCCCUUCCCGCCUUCCUUCUCUGCGCGCCCAUCGACAAUGGAUGGCAACUCUCAGCUCUCCGUACCAAGCCAUGUGGGUAGUUGAACCAAACUCACCUACCUGCCUCUCUGCUGCCUUGCCUGCCAGGAGACACUCCCAGGAAUCCAGCAACUCGGAGUCACCACUGAUGUGUGAGGUUUCGACCCCGCAGCAGGGCGGCGCCAGCGGCAGCUCCGGAAGCAGCCUGGGGAGCUCCAUCACCGCGUGCAAGAAGGUUCUUCGCAGCAAUAGCCUGCUUGAGUCUACAGACUACUGGCUGCAGAAUCAGAGGACACCCUGCCAGAUUGCUUUUCUGGAAGACAAGUGCGAAAACACAACUUGCGCGUCUGUCUGCUUUGUGAACCUGGAUGUGAACAAGGAUGAGAGCACCACGGAGCACCUGCAGCAGAAAUUGGUUAAUGUAUCACCAGAUCUCCCAAAACUUAUCAACUCCAUGAACGUCCAACAGCCAAAAGAAAAUGAAAUUGUCCUCCUAAGCGGGUUAACAUCUGGAAAUCUCCAGACAGAUUUUGAAGUUUCACAGUGUCCUUGGAUGCCAGAUAUCUGCUUGGUCCAGUGUGCCAGAGGGAACAGACCAAACAGUACCAAUUGCAUUAUCUUUGAAAUCAACAAAUUCUUGAUUGGUCUAGAACUGGUGCAGGAGCGGCAGCUCCACCUGGAGACAAACAUCUUGAAAGUGGAGGAUGACACAAACUGUUCCCUGUCUUCAAUCGAGGAAGACUUUCUCACUGCGUCCGAGCACUUGGAGGAAGAAAGCGAGGUGGAAGAAUAUAGGAACGGCUGUGAAAAUAUAAAUCUUUCAGCCAAUGUUAUGGAAAGUAAAAAGCCAAAGGAAACCACCCAGGAGGAAUGGGAUUACAAUAAGGAAAAGUCACUUAAUACUUUGGAAGACAAAUACAUUAGCAAGUACCAUGCAUCACUGAUUAAAACAGAAGGAUCUCUGGAGAAAGGAACAGAAGAUACAACUUUGCAGAGUCUAGAUCCAUCAAUCAACACAUCAGAGUGGAAACGUGAACCUGUGGGAAAUGACAGGUCAGCCACAAAUUAUUAUUAUUCAGAAAAAUGUAAAGGCCAAAUGGAAAAAUUGCAGGCGCUAUAUAUUCCAGGCAAUGCUUAUUUCUCCAGGGUGGUUAAGAAAGAUGGACCUUCUGCCUGUGGUACUCUCACUGAGCAUGGCAACAGCUUAGACGCAGGAGAUCAUGAAGAUGCAACAACCUCUCUUCUUCCCAUUCAAGAUGGAAAAGCCACAACUGGCGAGUACGCUACAAAUUUAGCAGAGUCUGUGCUACAGGAUGCAUUUAUUAGAUUAUCUCAGUCUCAGCCUACACUACCCCAGGAAUCUGUGGUCAGUGUCUCUGUAGGAAGCACUCCGCUCUCCAGUGGCUGCUCCACAAAAGACAUUGUGGCCCCUCGGUCAUGGAAUGAGCUCCCCAAAAUCGUCAUUGUUCAGAGUCCAGAUGGCAGUGAUGCUGCCCCUGAGCCAGGUAUCUCUACAUGGCCUGAGAUGGAACUCUCUGUUGAAACUUCAGGUGUCCCUUCCAGAGAGAACUCUAGCAGACACCCCCAGAGUGCUCUAGAAGUAGCAUUAGCUUGUGCAGCCACUGUGAUUGGAACUAUUUCCAGUCCAAAGGCCACAGAAAGACUCAAAAUGGAGCAAGAAGCCCUGGUUUCAAACCAUCCACUAGGAGACCGUGAACCACGGCAAACUCCAGCUUCCCAAGUAGUCACGGAGCCUUCGAUCAAUGAGUACUCAUUUCCAUCUGCUUUGUGUGGCAUGACACAGGUGGCGAGUGCCGUGGCUGUCUGUGGCCUGGGUGAAACAGGGGAGGUGAAGUACCCUGUGGUUUCAAGUGGCCUCUUGUCUGCAGCUGAGUCUUCUGCAGCAACCCCCCCACUUUGUAAUUUAGUGACAGGGAAGAGCAUGGAGCUGGGAAAUGAAGCCAUCGCAGAGGCAUUGCUCAAUGAGGCCACUCUGGUUCUGACAAGGCCUAAUACCUACAGCAGCAUUGGUGACCUCAUGGAAUCCAUAACCAGGAGAAUCAUGGAAACUGCUUCAAAGCCUCAGACCUUGUGCUCAGAAAAUGUCCUCAGAAAUGAACUGGCCCAGGCCUUGUCCAGUGUUAUCCUGAAGCAUGCCAUUGAUGAAGUUCACCAAACAAAUAAAAUAAUCGACCACAACAACGGCAGGCAUACCUCUGAAACUCUGGAUACCUUGAUGGAAAGUACAAAUCAACUGCUCUUCAGUGUGAUAUGCUGCACAUUUAAGAAGAUGAGCCAUCUUGCACAGCUGAGUGAAUGUCCCACCAUCCAUCCUAAGGAGACCAUUGGAUGGAGAGAAACAGACCUAAGCUGCCAGCCCCCUGAUCAGGCUGCUGGUCAGGCACGGACGAAAGCCACUGAAUGCUCCAGCCACCAUCCACUCAGCAAUGCACAUAGCACUAGUCCUGUUAUCAAUGAGGCUGUAGAUAACGUGCAUCCAAAGCAAGACAGCAAAGGCCCAGUGAAGCCAGGCCUCUUUCAGAGCCCCACACUGCAAUCUGAAUUGUCUUGUAGUCCCAGAGUGCCUGGUUCUUCGACUGCAAAAACAUCCCCUGAGGAAAUAUACCUGAAAGGAACCAUGGCAAAGGAUACAAAAAACCCUCACCAGGUGCUCAGUCACAAUGAGAGUGGAUGUAGAGCCUCAUCAGAGGGAGAAUGGACACCCACAGCCUCCAAGUGCAACCACGGUUCCCAGGAUGCUGAGGACGGCUUCAGUCCAAACACCCAAGAAAAGUACAGCUGUGUCUCACCUCUAAGAAACGAACUUCAAGUCAGUCUGUCUUUGUUAGAGAAUGACUUGCCGCUCCCUGCUCAAUCUGUGCUACAGGCACAACACACAGACGCAUACUGCAUUACAGACUUUGCGGAAGAGUUAGCAGAGACCAUUGUCUCCAUGGCAACUGAAAUCGCAGCAAUUUGCCUUGACAACUCAAAUGGAAAACAGCCCUGGUUUUGUGCAUGGAAAAGAGGAAAUGAGUUUCUGGUUACCCCGAACGUAUCCUGCCGAUCCUUGAAGAGGAAGGAGAGUCAGGCGGGUGGGGCCACCGUGAGGAAACACAAGCCGCCGCGGCUCAGCGAGAUCAAGAGGAAAACAGAUGAGCACCCAGAGCUUAAGGAGAAGCUGAUGAACAGAGUGGUGGACGAGUCCAUGAACCUUGAGGACGUCCCAGAUUCUGUCAAUAUUUUUGCAAACGAAGUGGCAGCCAAGAUCAUGAACCUCACCGAGUUUUCCAUGGUGGACGGCGUCUGGCAAGCCCAGAGCUUUCCCCGGAAUCGGUUACACAGCGGAGAUAGGUGGAACCGGCUGAAGGCCUCCAGCUGUGAAAGCAUUGCAGAGGAGGACUCGGAUGCCAGGGCCUACGUCAACGGCCUGGGUUUAAUGAGCACCCUAAGUCAGCCGGUGAGCAGGGCCAGCUCUGUCUCCAAGCAGUCGAGCUGUGAGAGCAUCACCGAUGAGUUUUCCAGGUUCAUGGUGAACCAGAUGGAAAAUGAAGGAAGAGGGUUUGAGUUGCUGCUGGAUUACUACGCAGGCAAGAAUGCCAGCAGCAUCCUGAAUUCAGCUAUGCAGCAGGCAUGCAGGAAACAUGACCACCUCAGCGUGAGGCCAAGCUGCCCCUCGAAGCAGUCCAGCACCGAGAGCAUAACUGAGGAGUUCUACAGGUACAUGCUGAAGGACGUGGAAAGAGACGGCAAAGACAGCGCCUCCUCCAGACGAAGCAGCCAGGAUUGGACGGCUGGCUUCCUGUCACCUUCUCUGCGAUCCCCUUUGUGUUACCGACAGUCAUCCAUGCCAGACGGCAGAUCCCUGGGGGCCAGGUUGACGGUGAACGCGCCGUUCAAAGCCAACUCCUUAGAUGGCUUUGCCCAAAACAGCCAGCGAGAUUUCCUGAGCGUACAGCCAGUCAGCAGUGCUUCCUCUUCAGGGCUCUGCAAAUCCGACUCUUGCUUGUACCGGAGAGGUGGGACUGACCACAUCACAACCAUGUUAAUUCAUGAGACAUGGGCAAACUCCAUCGAGGCCCUCAUGCGGAAGAACAAAAUUAUAAUGGAUGAUGCCCAGGCAGCUGAGGCUGAGCCCGUUUCCAGGGGCUCCCCCUUGCAACUGGAGAAGGGUGCAAACAGAUUACCUUCGAGCAAAGUGCAGAGUGGGCCAAUUCUUCUUGUCCAGGAAUCUAUUGAUUACCCAAGGAAAGACUCCAUUACCAGAAGCCAACAUCCCCCCGAGUCGGCUUUAAGCAAAGAUGCUCCUCUUACAAAGCACAACGGUUUCGAUUCUAAAAAGGAAACUCCCUUGUGCCAUGAUGGUGUCCCUCUAAACUACACCAGGCGACCACUUUGUUCAAGGGAAGUGCCUUUAAUUCAGAUUGAAACGGAUCAGAGAGAAGAAUGCGUUGGUGAACCUGAACACAUCCUCUCCAAAAGCAGCCCCCUAGAGGAGGCAGCAGAGCAUUUGAAAGAAGAAAUGGGCCCAGAUGUGGCGAGGGGUGGAGACGCUGCCGAGAGUGCCCGCCAAAACUGUAGCAACAGCCUUGAGGCCAGAGACAUACCAGAGGCUGAGGUCUCGACAGAAGGCAGAGCCAUUGAGGAGGUCCCCAACCCUCCCGGCAGCAGUGGGGAGAGCACAGACAGCUGGUCCCAGCUCGCCAAUGAGGAAGACAACCCAGAUGACACCAGUAGCUUUCUGCAGCUCAGUGAGCGAUCCAUGAGAUGCAACCCAGGCUGGGUUUACAUGAGCAAUGGCAACAGUAGUGCCACUAGCAGUCUUGGCAUUAUGGAUCUGGACAUUUAUCAGGAAAGCAUGCCACCUUCUCCCAUGAUUCAUGAAUUAGUAGAAGAAAAGGAGAUUCUUAAAGGACAGUCAGAAAACAUGGAGGAAUUUGCCUCUGGAGCACCCGCGGGAGCCGCCAGCCGCCAGGGCAGCCUGCUGGUGAUCAACUUUGACCUGGAGCCGGAGCGUCCUGACGCCGAGCUUCGGGCCAUGCUGCAGUGGAUCGCUGCCUCGGAGCUCGGGAUCCCUACCAUCUACUUUAAGAAAUCUCAGGAAAACAGAAUUGAAAAGUUUCUAGAUGUCGUGCGGCUGGUUCAUCAGAAGUCCUGGAAAGUGGGGGAUAUCUUUCACGCCGUGGUUCAGUACUGCAAAAUGCAUGAGCAGCAGAAAGAUGGGACGCCGAGUCUCUUUGACUGGCUGUUGGAACUGGGAUAAAGCAGCUAUGUCCUGUUGAGUAUUCCUUUCCUGUAUUCCAGCUUAGAUUACAGUGAUUUGCUCUAAAUGCUCUCAACUUCCUCAAAACAUUGCAUCACAUUAGCAGAGCUAUAAAAACAACCUGCAGCUCAAGACUAUUGCACAUGGAAUAAAUCCGUGGAAAAAGAAAAUAUUGACCUGUACAAGUCAAUACAUCCGGUAGGUGAGUUCAAAAGAGCUUGUAUUGGAAUGGCUGGGAAAACAGACACUUAAUGGGCCUCAAAUUAAAAGCUCAUAGCUAGGCCCGAACUCUAGGAAAGAUGCUCUUGCAUAUUUUUAAUAAUAUAAAAUAUGUAAUGUCUCCAAUUAUGUGAAUCAACUGGAAACAAAGUCACUGGUCAAAAAAGUUUUGUAGACUGUGCUGCCAUCUCUAUGCUACUUUUUUGAGCAGGUUAAGGGGCCAUUAGCCCAGGUGAACACUAAAGAUUUGGAUAAGAAAUUUCCGGAAUUUUAAUAUAAAAGAUUUCCACUUUCAGGUCGGUAUCAGUGGAUAUUAACAGAAAUGCAAGUGUAUUAUCAGCGUCCUCUACUGCGGUGAUUUUAUGUAUUCACUACAACCCACUGACAAAUAUUCCACAUCUCCCCAACAAUAUCUGGGUUUCUAGCUCAGCAGACAACUAUUGGUGUUCAGUUGAGAGGGUGAAAGAUCGAAGGCUGUCUUGUUUCCAUCUCUGUAUUACUUGGUUAACAUGAUUACAGAAUUCAUACCCUAAAGGCAAGCUGUCUUUUGAGAGAAAAUCCGCUUGUGUAUUAAAUUAUAUAAAAUAUAAACUUUCAUUUUAUUUUUAUUGUAAAUUAUGAAGAGAUUGUUAUCUUAAAUAAUAUAUUAAGCUAGUUUAGAGGUUUAUAAAAUAUGAAGAGAUUUUUGUCUUAAGUCACAUAUUGACGCUUGAGCUCAACGAUUUCAUUAUAAUUGUGUUGGGACCCAUAUGGCAGACCUGCUGCUUGGAAGACAUUCAUAAUGAUGGAUGCAGGAUUUGACAGAACCAGUUAGGAACAUAGACUCACCUUGAUUUAAAGAUAUUUGUAUUUAAUUUGGUAAAGAGAAAACCUUAUCUCAUUCACAUAUUUUAAUAACAGAGAUUUAGUCUUUUGAAAAAUGGAAGGAUCUAACUUCUCCCUAAUAAGUCUUCUUUCCUUUCAACUAAAUGAGCUGCACUGGCUUUUAUUUUCUUGACCAAAGAAGAUGUUUAUUAAAGAUUUCCUGGAACACUAUGCUUUAACACUAUUUUUAAAGGUUGGGAAGUAAUUUUAAAUGUGAACAAGGCCCAACAUCAACAAUGCUGGGCUGUGUGUCGUCCACAUCUUCAAAUGUCAAGAAAGUUUCCUUAUGAGCCACACCUCCCUCCCACCACCCACCCCAGGAACCCAUCCAGUCCUCAUUGGGCAUUUAUUAUAGAAAUAAUCCAAAUUUAGGUUAUAUGGGUAAUUUGAUAAUCAAAUGUCAAAUAUUAAAAUGUAUCCAUCAUCUCAAGCUGAAAGUUCUUUGUGCUACUGAAUGGAAAAGGAUUUAUUUAUUUUAUAAACUAUCCCAGAAUAUUGUGUGUAGACUUUUGUUGUGCUUGAAUGAAUGUUUACUUAUACUACAAAGCACAAACACUGAAUUGUAACCAUGUGAUGAAGCUAUGUGUGUUGUACUUAACGUUGCCAAUUAAUCAAUAAAUUUUUGUUGCUGAAUA